AUGCCUCAUCAAACUGAGGCUCAAGUUCAGGGAGGUGGUGGUGGCGUUGUUUUCUGGGGCAUGAUAACAGCGGAGGGACCCAGCUAUGGCUCCACCAUUACCGAAGGAACUGUUAACUCAGAAGUUUAUGCUGAAAUUCUGGACUCAUCUUUGCUAGACACUAUCGAGUACUAUGGGCUGGACAAGAAAACGUUUAGAUUCCAGCAAGAUAACGCAAGACCACAUACUUCUGGUCCCAUUAAAAAAUAG